UUCACCUCCCUGUCCUAACCCCAAACGCCACUGUCAUUUUCUUACAAUGCGCAUCCAUAAGAAUCUCUGAGUUUCCCAUCAAAAUUCGGCCACACUCAAUCUGGGCUCCCUUCAUUACACCACAAAGUUUGCGACUUUGCGGGAUUCGGAUUGCGAUUCUGCUGAUGGGGAAGGUCGCGGUGGGAGCUGCGGUUGUUUGCGCCGCCGCCGUUUGUGCCGCGGCGGCGCUGGUGGUGCGCCACCGUAUGAUCAGUUCGAGGAAGUGGGCUCGCGCCAUAGCCAUACUGAAGGAGUUUGAGGAGAAGUGUGGGACCCCAAUUGGGAAGCUUAGACAGGUGUGUGAUGCCAUGGAUGUUGAGAUGCAUGCGGGUCUCGCAUCUGAAGGUGGUAGCAAGCUCAAUAUGUUGAUCAGUUAUGUUGAUAAUCUCCCAACUGGCGAUGAGGAGGGACUCUAUUAUGCACUGGAUCUUGGUGGCACAAACUUCCGUGUCCUUCGUGUACAUUUAGGUGGGAAAGAGAGAGGUGUUAUCGGCCAGGAGUUUGAUGAAGUUUCAAUUCCUCCUCAUUUGAUGACUGGUUCUUCAGAUGCAUUAUUUGAUUUUAUAGCAGCAGCUCUUGCAAAGUUUGUUGGCUCAGAACCUGAAGGUUUUCAUCCUCCCCCUGGCAGACAAAGAGAACUGGGUUUUACAUUCUCAUUCCCAGUGAAGCAAACAUCAAUUGCAUCUGGGACUCUAAUAAAGUGGACUAAGGGUUUCAACAUUGAAGAUACAGUCGGUGAAGAUGUGGUGCGAGAACUAACCAAGUCCAUGGAAAAAAUUGGCCUUGAUAUGCGAGUUGCAGCUCUAGUUAAUGAUACCAUUGGAACAUUAGCUGGAGGGAGAUUCUACAAUCAGGAUGUCAUUGCUGCUGUCAUUCUUGGUACUGGGACAAAUGCAGCAUAUGUAGAACGUGCACAUGCUAUUCCAAAAUGGCACGGCCUUAUACCAAAAUCAGGAGAGAUGGUCAUAAACAUGGAGUGGGGUAAUUUCCGAUCAUCACAUCUUCCUCUAACAGAAUAUGAUCAAGCUCUAGAUGCUGACAGCUUAAACCCUGGAGAACAGAUUUUUGAGAAAUUGAUUUCUGGCAUGUAUUUGGGGGAAAUUGUAAGGAGAGUUUUAUUGAAGAUGGCUGAAGAAGCUGACUUUUUUGGAGAUACUGUUCCUCCCAAAUUGAAAGUUCCUUUCAUACUAAGGACACCUGACAUGUCAUCAAUGCACCAUGACACAACUUCAGAUCUGAGAGUGGUUGGAAUCAAAUUGAAGGAUAUAUUAGAGAUCUCUAACACAUCCCUAAAAAUGAGGAAGAUUGUUGUGGAACUCUGUGACAUUGUUGCUACUCGUGGGGCUCGCCUUGCUGCUGCUGGUAUUAUGGGCAUCCUCAAGAAAAUAGGAAGAGACACAGUUAAGGUUGGGGAGAAGCAAAAGUCAGUGAUAGCGUUGGAUGGAGGAUUGUUUGAACACUACACAGAAUUCAGGGUUUGCUUGGAGAACACACUGAAGGAAUUGCUGGGAGACGAGGCAGCUGACACCAUUGUCAUUGAGCAUGCCAACGAUGGCUCUGGCAUUGGAGCAGCCCUCCUGGCAGCAUCUCACUCCCAAUAUUUGGGAGUGGAGGAAUCCUGAAGUUAUUGCGGAGGUAAAGCCGUGUAAUACUAGUUUCAUUUUUUGCAUAGGUAAUAGAUCAACAACACAUUGAAGCAAUGAUGCCUUAGUUACUGGUCCUACAGACCAUGUCCACCGUGGGGGUAUCUACGAGGGCUGUCUUCUUUCUGCAACCUUGCAGCUCCUGUGCUGGUGACUGGGGCAUUCAUUAUUUUGAUUGCAGGGUUUGUUUCUCCAAUGUUAAGGAAUAAUGUCAAGGAUAAACUUAACUGUGAGUAGUCAACUUUUGCGGAAUGUAGCCUGUUUUCAGCGGGAAUAAAUCAGGAGUUAAUGUAUUGACAAACAAGCCUAAAAGUUUUUUAAUUCAAAGCUUUUAUGAGUUAUCAGUGAGGACUGAAGAGUUGUUGUUGACGAUUGCAUGCCUUACAAACCUUUAUUUUGAUUGUUCUGUCUGAAACACGACAAAGCUCGUUAAUGUUAACUGUGAUUACCUCUUCCAG